AUGGCCAACCUCGCACGUUCUCUGAAUUCCUCUAGCGUCGCCGAGACCUUGGCUACCUACGAGAGCUGGGCCGAGAGUUACAACGAAGAUAUCAGCAAGGAAGAGUACACAGCGCCCGAGAUUGCCAGUGACUAUGUCCUCAAGCACAAUAUCAAGAGUGCGACCAUCUUGGAUGCUGGAUGCGGUAUAGGGCUCGUCGGCCAACAUCUCGGCAAGCGUGGUGCGACACAUCUCGACGGCAUCGAUCUCAGUCCUGGCAUGCUUCAAGUUGCCCAUCGAACCGGUGUAUAUCGCUCCCUGAACGUGGCGGACCUAUCGCAAACCCUCAAGAUACCUAACCAGUCGUACGACGUUGUGGUCUGUGUUGGGACAUUGACCCAAGGCCAUGUCGGACCCGGCGCUUUUGACGAGUUUGUCAGGGUGGUUAAGCCGGGCGGGUUUAUUGUGGCAACAGUGAGAGAAUCGGUUUGGCAGAAGAGUGGGUACAAGGACAAAGUGAAAGCGCUUGAUAAGGGCGGAGAAGUGAAGCUCCUCGGUGACAAGCUGGAGGUUAUUGGAACAGAUGUGCGGGCCGUCUUUGUGAUCCUUCAAGUUCAGUGA